GAUGGGAUCCCAAUUUUUGUAAAUACAGUGUAAGUCAGUGGGAACCAGAAGCAGUUUGGUUACCAAGAUUCUUCAAAAUAGCUCUUGUGUUGCUGAGAACAAGGAAAGUCAUACAGGUUCGGACCGUCGUGAGAGUGAACAAAUGAUGACAGAAUUUUUUUGGGAAGACUGUCCCUUAAAGUGUUUUCUAGAUAUCAACCUGCUGAACUCUUUUCCUUUUGUCCCUCACCCAUCUUCUUCAUGCCUACAGAAAGAUGAGGUCUAUCUGAAUUUGGUGAUGGACUAUGUGCCUGAGAAUGUGUACAGAGUGGCCAGACACUACAGCAGAGCCAAGCAGAAUCUGCCUAUGGUCUAUGUGAAGUUAUAUAUGUACCAGCUGUUCCGCAGCUUGGCAUACAUCCACUCGUAUGGGAUCUGCCAUCGAGAUAUCAAGCCGCAGAACCUCCUGCUCGACCCAGAGACAGCUGUACUCAAACUCUGUGACUUUGGAAGUGCUAAGCAGCUGGCGCGUGGUGAGCCUAAUGUUUCCUACAUCUGCUCGCGCUACUACAGAGCCCCUGAGCUCAUUUUCGGAGCCACGGACUACGCUUCCAGCAUAGAUAUUUGGUCGGCUGGCUGUGUACUGGCCGAGCUGCUGCUUGGACAGCCCAUCUUUCCUGGUGACAGUGGUGUAGAUCAGCUCGUUGAAAUCAUCAAGGUUCUGGGAACUCCCACACGAGAGCAGAUCCGGCAGAUGAACCCAAAUUACACUGAAUUCAAGUUUCCACAGAUAAAGGCACACCCGUGGACUAAGGUUUUACGGCCCCGGACCCCUCCGGAGGCGAUAGCUCUGUGUUCUCGACUGCUGGAGUACACCCCUACGGCCCGCCUCACUCCUCUAGAGGCCUGCGCUCACACUUUCUUCGACGAGCUCCGUGAGCCCAACCUCAAGCUCCCGAAUGGAAGAGAGCGGCCUGUGCUGUUUAAUUUCUCCACACAGGAGUUGUCCAGUAACUCCUCGCUGGCCUCCGUACUCAUUCCCUCACAUGCUCAGAACCAGGCGGAAAACUCUUCCCAGUCUGCCUCGGCUGCAACAGGUGCUAACAGCGGCGACCGUGGCCUGAAUGCCAACGCUGCCUCUGCCGCCCCCAAUCCUUCAACUUGAACCCCAUCCACCCCUCAAUGGGCCACUUUACCCUGCUGCUUAUAAGCCACGCCCAUUCCCCGAGGUCAAGGGGCGUGGCUAAAACUAACCGAAAAGCUCAUGAUAUGAUGGAUGCACCAACCAAACCUUCCCCCAGUCAUUGUCUUGGUUUUUAUUAUUAUUAUUAUUAUUUUAUUUAUUUGCUCUAACAGACACGAUGAGGGCUAAGAAACACCACUUCAGGACUAUCUGUGGUGAUGUUUGAAAAUUCUCUCUCUCUAUAUAUAUAUAUUUACACUUACAUAAACCGUUACACCUACAAAUAUGUCUACUUUGACAUUUUUUUAAAGGGAAAUCUGUAUGCUGUAGCUGCUGCUUCUUUUAUAAUCAUCUCGGCCCCAUUCCUGGUUAAUUAUGGGUAGAGACAGACUUUGAAUAUGAGCUGGCACAGGUGGGAUUCAGGAAAGCUGGAUCCUGAUUGGUCCAAUACGACCAAAUCCUGAAUCGGUUCAACAGCAUGGACUGAUUUUCCAUGACUAUGUGAAAUAUAUACUAAUGACUUUUGCCUUUUCCCUCAGUAUUGGGCGGAAAUGUUGUAUGCUUAAGCUGUAUGCUGCUGUGUACCUCUUUGUUUUUCGACAUCGUUUGAAGGAGUGACAUUAUCCAUUCGUUUCCUGCUCAGUUUCCUCCUUCCUGUUGUAUAAUACUUCACUGAACUCUACGGAUGUUGACACACAUGUGAUAUCGGAUCAUUUUUUUGUGAGCACGUGACGCGUGUGUGUGUAAGAGAGAGUGCAUGCUGUACGUCUUAUGUCUAUAAAUACUGUAUGCUGAUUAGUGAGCUAAAAUAAACUAGCGCGUAAUGAAGAAAAAAGAUAAUCAGGACCUUUAAACAGAGCAGGUUUCUGCACCGCAAAUUCCAACCUUGAGGCUUAAGCAAGAUGUUGGGUUUAGUUUUCGAAAUCGUGUCAUUCGGGUUCGAAUUUAGCAGGAACGGGGGGCUGAAAGCAGUUUGAAAUCUGUAACCAUCUGGACUGCUCUGUCAGGAAGUCGACUCUAAUGAUGAGGAAAGAAGAUAGGAUGGGAACGUUUUCUCUACAGUCCGUUCGCUUCCAUUUCUUCUUGUUUUUCUUCCUCUCGUCCUCUUUAGUGUCCCCUAGUGUUAGUGGAAGUGCACAACCAAGACAGUUGGAUCGUGUUCCUCCAAAUACGGUCUACAGAAGAGUCACUUCAGACUGUUGAUGUCCCUCCCAAAAGUGCUGUUGAAAGAAUAUCCAUCUGUUCUGUUGCCUACGUAAAGCCACAGUUCACCCAAGUUGCUCACACUCACGUUGUCCCAAACUCGUAUGAUUUAUUUUCUUCCAUAAACCCUUGAUGAGAAUGUUUACUUUUUAUUUUAAGUGAUCUUUUCGAUGCAAUGAAAGUGACUAAGGGCUGUAAACCAUGAAAAUUAUAAAAAAAAAGUAAUGUAAUCCAUGACUUGUGUGCUAUAUUAAAAGUCCUCUUGAAGUCAUACAAUCAUUUUAUGUGAGGAAAAAUGCAAACUAAGUGGUUAUAAUCAACAUACUAAUAAUCACUUCUUACUCCCUAACUCUCAAAUACUGUGUCGUGUUCAAAUUUGGAGACCCUUGGCAUCACUGAAAUAAAACCUUAUGUAAUACCCAGUAUGAUUUGCCAUAUGAGCAAAACUGAAAUAUGAAAGCUUUGGCUAAGAUUGUUUGUGUAAUUUUUGGUGCUUGAAAGAUGAUGAUCAUUCACUUUCAUUGUAUGGAAACGAUUCAUCAUCUCACUAUUUUUAUUCUGUUUUAUUUUUUUUUACAGUCUCUUUUUUUUUUUUUUUUUUUAAUAUGACAGUUUUUUGGGUCAAUUGUCCAUUCAAUGUUCUUCUGAACUUUUUUUAAAAUGACCAGUUAUUAAAAUAUGAUCUUGUAUGAAGGUGCUCCAUCACUUUCAUGUAUUAAAAUUUGUUUAAGGGACUUAUUCAUUUCCUCAUCCAAGCUCUUGUUCAGGCCAGUUCACUGUCAUAGCAGGAAAAAUAAAUUUAACAGUGUUUUUUUUUUUUUUUUUUUUACUUCGAGUUUCAGAAAGACUUUAUCUUAAAGGGGUCAUAUUUGGUUUAACAGAAUAUGCUGACGUGCUUUAAAGUAAAAAAAAAAAAACGAUUCAUUAUCAACUGUACAUUAUUGUAGGUCCUCUAUGACCUGCUGCUCUCAAAUGCAACCGCGUGCAUGCACACACACACACACACACGACAUGCAAAGCUGCAAAGUCUGAAUGACCUCCUCUCCUAGGUUCACGAAACAGUCGUCCAUAAAAUGCAUUGCAGUUCUGCUGUAAGUAAGCUUAAAGAUUCCUAAAUGCAUCUAUUUACGGAGGCCAAAUUAAGUGUUUUUGCUUUCACCUAGAUUCACAGCAUCCCCCUUCAACACUAACUGCAGUUACUGAAACCCAGCCUUCUUUCUUUGCGUGAACAUUUGGGUGGCAUUACGCAAAUAUUUCCACAUAGUGACAUAGACAUGUUUUAGGGGGCGUGGCCGAGUCUUAACUUUGAUAAAGAAUAUCUCUAUGGUUUCGAGACUUUGGUCUUUGCAACUUUACAGAUCUUCUUCAUGCACCAAGAGCUUUUAACACUCCAAAGAGAAAGGAAAAAAUGUAUUUAUUUAUUUUAUGUUCUUUUAAUUGAUAUGGAAGAUUUUAUAUUUACAGGUUUUUUUUAUCAUUUACGUGCGUAAGAAUAAGGUGUCAAGUAUCUACAGUGUUAAGUAAUGAUUUUGCAAUAAUAUAUUUUUGAUUUGUGUUUGGGGUUUUGUAAAAUACUUUCAGCAGCACUUAAAGGGAGUGAAGUCAUGUAGCGCUACAACCAUUUUCAUAAGCUUCAUUAAAAUAUGUUUUUAAAGCCUCUGCUGUUAGCAGUCACAUUGCUUCAUGAUUUACUUUUCUCAGUGACUCAUAUUUGAAACAAAUAUGAGAUGAAAGGGAAUAUGUAGAAAUACACACUUGAACUCCUGGUAGCCAUAAAAGUUCAACAGGCACCAAAACUGAAAACAAACAAACUGAUACAUAUAAUAAUUAUUAUUAUUCUUUUCUCUGUACAUGACAGUAUGUUGAACGUCACACUGAUGUGUUUUCUGUCCCUUGUGUGCUCUGGUUCAGAGAAGUCACCUGAUACUGUACUGUAUUGAAUAAAGUAUAGCUUAGCCUCACUCCA